AUGGCCGACACACCAAAAAUUCGACAACUACGUUCCUAUCUAAAUUUAAAAGCUCGUAUAACAGCUUCAGAUGAACGCUUAUUUUUUGGAACUUUUAUGUGCAUAGAUAAGCAUAAAAACAUUAUUUUAGCACAGACUGAAGAGUUUCGAGGAGUUGAAAAAAGAUUCGUUGGAUUGGUUAUGAUACCUGGGAAACAUAUCGUUAAAGCUGAAAUCGAAGAUUUGGAUCUUUCAACUGAAUUUAUUUAA